UGUCUUGUGCUGUGUUUGUCAAUUUGAAGCUCCCUCCCUGUCUGAGGCUGACCUCUUUCCCACAAUGACAGUUUCCUGCAGGCUGGUUGAGAGGGACCGGCCGCCCUUAAAGCAAGAUGUACGGAAGGGGAGACAAAUUAUCUGAGUUGAGCUGAUCGGCAUGCUGUGGACGUGGCUGGGAGAGUGAAUUUUAGUUCUUUUUUCAGGGAAGAGCGAAUGUCGCAGGCUGGGGAAGUGAGUGACAGGAUGGAAGGAUCGGCUGGACCAGGUGUCAGGACAAACGGACCCGUUGCUGCGUCCAGCAUUCCGGUGAGCUCUACCAUAGGCCCACCUCUGUCCCCAGAAGAGCUGGAUGAAGAGCCACACUCAUCUCUGACAGAUGUCACCCAAAUGUGGAUGAAAUUCGGCAAGACGUUUGCUAUCAUCUUCCCGAUCUACGUCUUGGGAUACUUUGGGUUUAGCUUUAGUUGGGUUCUGAUUGGACUCGCGGUUUUGUUCUAUUGGAGGAAAAACCAUGGCAGUAAGGACUACAGGAUAAACCGUGCCUUAUCAUUCCUGGAGCAUGAAGAGAAAGAAGUGAGGCAAAGUGUGCCUACUUCAGAGCUACCACCAUGGGUCCAUUAUCCAGAUGUGGAGAGAGUGGAGUGGCUGAAUAAGACGGUGAAGCAGAUGUGGCCGUUUAUCUGCCAGUUUGUGGACAAGCUGUUCCGAGAGACCAUCGAGCCGGCUGUGAAGGGUGCUAACCCUCAUCUCAGCUCUUUCUGCUUCACCAAGAUCGACAUGGGCGACAAGCCACUGAGAGUGAACGGGGUCAAAGUUUACACAGAGAAUGUGGACAAGAGGCAGGUCAUCAUGGACAUGGAGAUCAGUUUUGUCGGCAAUACAGAGAUUGAUGUGGACAUCAAGAAAUACUAUUGCAGAGCUGGAAUUAAAAGUAUACAGCUUCAUGGAACGAUGAGAGUGGUGAUGGAGCCUCUGCUGGGGGCCAUGCCUUUGAUCGGAGCCCUGUCCGUCUUUUUCCUCAAGAAACCAUUGCUGGACAUCAAUUGGACAGGACUCACAAACAUGCUGGAUAUUCCUGGUGUCAAUGGUUUGUGUGAUAACAUCAUCCAGGACAUCAUCUACAGCUUUGUGGUCCUGCCCAACCGCAUCACCAUCCCUCUGGUGGGAGAGGCCGAGCUGGCCCAGCUACGCUUUCCUGUGCCCAAGGGCGUCCUUAGGAUCCACUUCAUCGAGGCUCAGGACCUGAUCGGUAAAGACACGUUCCUAGGAGGGCUGAUCAAAGGCAAGUCAGACCCAUAUGGAGUCAUCCGGGUCGGGACCCAACUCUUCAAGAGCAAAGUCAUCAACGAUACCGUCAACCCAAAAUGGAAUGAAGUGUACGAGGCCUUGAUGUACGAUCACUCAGGACAGAAUCUGGAUAUUGAGCUGUUUGAUGAAGACACUGAUAAAGAUGACUUUCUGGGAAGUCUGAUGAUCGACAUGGCCGAGCUCAAGAAGGAACAAAAAGUUGAUGAGUGGUUUGUGAUGGAAGAAGUGGCGACAGGGAAGCUGCAUCUCAAACUGGAGUGGUUAUCUCUGCAGUCCACACCUGAGAAGCUGGACCAGGCACUGAUGAGCAUCAAAGCCGAUCGUGGUCAAGCCAACGACGGCCUGUCGUCUGCGGUGCUUGUUGUCUUCCUGGAUUCAGCCAGAAACCUGCCGCGCAAUCCAUUAGAGUUCAACCAAGCGGGGCUGAAGAAGGCCUCGGUCACUAAGGCCAUCAAGUCUGGUAAAAAAGUGACCAGCGUUCCAAGUCCGUUUGUCCAGUUCACAGUGGGACACAAGUCCUACGAGAGCAAGACUAGAUAUAAGACCAAUGAACCUGUGUGGGAGGAAGUAUUUACCUUCCUAAUUCACAACCCCAAAAGCCAAGAAUUGGAGGUUGAGGUGAAGGAUGAAAAGCACGAGUGUUCGAUGGGGACGUUAUCACUGCCUUUGAGUCGCCUGCUGGAGGCAAAAGACAUGACGCUGACCCAGCGCUUCCCUCUAAAGAACUCCGGACCAAGCUGCACCCUGAAGAUGAAGAUGGCUCUGCGGGUGCUGUGCUUGGAUAAGAACACUUCCUCAUCCUCAGACUCCACCCCGUCCUCCCUACAGGUCCACAAGAACAGCUCCUCCAACCAAACCCCACGGCCCUCUGUCUCCUCUGACCCUGUGCCUUCCUCCUCCACAUCCGACACCCCCCGUUCUUCCUCAGUGUCAGCCCAGGACCUGCUCAACCGGCGGAGGGAGGCCGACGAUCCCUUUAAGUCUCCGGGAAGCACGGACUUGGGGCAGGGUGGAGGAAGAGGAGGAGGUCGGGGCCUGGCAGAGACCGGAAGGAGCACCUCCAAUCUGGCUAUCUCUGGGUCCCAACAGUACCUGGUUGGAGGCAAAGAGCCAACGCCCAGCAUUGCCUCAGACAUCUCCAACCCCUUCGCUGCUCAGGAGCUGCAGCAGAGACUCCAGCAGCUGCAAAAUGGUUCGGGCCCGAGUCAUUCCCAGCUGGGUGAGAUCCAGCUGACAGUCAGACACAGCUCCCAGAGGAACAAACUCAUUGUGGUCGUUCACGGCUGCAGAAACCUGAUAGCGUUCACUGAUCAUGGCUCAGAUCCUUAUGUCCGCCUCUACCUGCUUCCUGACAAACGGAGGUCGGGCAGGAGGAAAACUCACACAUUCAAGAAAACCCUCAACCCAGUAUACGAUCAGACGUUUGAUUUCAGUGUUUCCCUCGUGGAGCUCCACAGGCGGACUCUAGAUGUCGCAGUGAAGAAUGGUGGAGGUCUGCUCUCUAAACACAAAGGCCUUCUGGGAAAGGUGCUGGUGGAUUUGACCCAUGAGGACAGCGCUAAGGGUUGGACACAAUGGUAUGAGCUGAGUGAAGAUGGCCUGACGAAGCCUCACCAACUAUAGACGGCAGCCAUCAUCGUCAUCAUUACUACCAUCAUAUUGCCACAUUUAAGUUUACAGUAUGGCUUUUAUUUUUUCAUUAUUCUAUGUGUACAAAAAUAAAUAAAACAGCAGCUUUUGACAUUCAUUUAAUCACAUCAGUCGCAAGGCAAACCUCCCCUUUAAGAAGUUAAAGGCUGAUAGACUAAAGGGAGUUUAGGACAUGUAAAAUACUAUGUUACAUAAUGUACUGCUGUGUAAGUCUAUAUUUCAUAUUAAUAGGAGAAACUAUAGCAUCUGUAGAGGAAGACAAUCUAUUUUUUUGCUGUUGCAGCAGUUUUCUGCAUAAAGACCAUGUACAACUUUGUAAAUAUAAAGGAUGAUGCUGGCCGAAACAGAUGGUGCCUUCUAGAGAUAAGUGAGAGGUGUGGGCUCUUAUUUGGCCAAACGAUUUUUUUGUCAUUUUAUUUUAUUAAUUUUAAUUUUUUUUAAAUGAAAAACAUUCUGUACGGAGAUUGAAGCGGAACAGGCAGGUGGUCCUGAGAAAGACGAUGAGUAUUUAACAUUUAACCCUCGUUGGUUUUGCUAAUGCAGCUUUACUUUGCUUUAUUCCACUGCAAUGUGUGUAUUAACAAAGUAUUUUGUUAAAUCCAAUACAAGUACCAUUUUUUCAGUUCUUUUCCAUCUGUCAAUACACUUGUUACACUGAAAUAAGGUCAUUGUUAAGUCUUACCUGUUCUGUUUUUUUUAAACUGAAUAUAUUUGCACAUCAGUGUGUUUUUAUCUAUUGGGGAUCAUUUUUAUUCUUAGUUGUAAUUUAAACAUUGCCUAAAUUCCUCGUUUUUUUAGCAAGUCAUUUUUAUCUUAAAUUAACAAUAUAAUUAAAAAUGUAAACAUUAAAGUGCCAAGUCUUUAAAUAAUAUAAAUAACCUUUAUUUAUGUUGUCUUUCUUCCUCCUUGUGAGAGUUCGAUGAGAAGAUGUUAAAUAUGAAGCUACAGCCACGAGUUGGUAAGCUUAGCAUAAAGGCUUGAAACAGGGAAACCGCUAGCUUUAAUAUGUCUGAAAGUUUCAAAAAAUCUCACAGAAUAAUACAUUCUAUUUGAUUUGUGGUUUAAAGUGUUAAUUAGUGAGCUUGAGAGGUGAUGGUGGAUUUUACUUUUAGACAUAGCAAAGCUGUUUCCAGUCGUUCUGUUGAGCUAAACGAAUCUAUUGCAGCUGGCUUUAUAUUUAACAGAGAGUUCUAUCCAUCUUCUCAUUCUGCUAUCUGUAAGAAAAAGAAAAUAAGGGUAUUUUCCAAAACUAUUCCUUUAGGUAAUUGGUUGAUAUCACGAUCAUUUUCGCUACAUUCAUUUUGAGUUAUGAAUCAACAUUAGUCUUAACUAACUAACUAAAGUCAUUUAGUGUCAUUUUUAACAUGUGUCUGAUUUGAACAAACUACCUUUUACUACUACUACUACUACUACUUUUACCUUUUGUUUGUUUUGGUAACAUACACUUUUUUUCAUGCACAUUAAACGCUGCUUUGCUUUAAAUCACGUGUAUAAAGGGAUGAAAUCAGUAACCAAUACAUAGAAAACAGACUCCUUUGUAUUAAAUAAAUACAUAUGUUGUCUACGUGGCCCUUCAAAGCCAAAGAGUAGCGAUCUAGUGUUGAUACAGAGGAGGCUUGUGUGACCUUUGACUUUCAAAACCCAAAUACAGAUCUUUGCAAGCAUCAAGAAAGUAUUUUACACAUAUGUAUGUAAACGGUGUCUUUUAAUGUGUUUUAUUGCAGCUGUCUCCCUCUUUGUCUUGACUUUGAUUUUGUAAGAAUCCCACUGUGUAUGUAAGACAUUGGACUAGAGAGCUUCUCUGGAUGGUGGUUUGUUGUCUGUCAUGUUAAUUUAUCUUGUGCCUUAAGAUUCACAAGACCAUGUAUAAAGAGAACCAAGACAAUGCUCCAACAGUUUCUUAUGUUUCAGAAUGUCUCCUAAAUGUCUUUUAUUAAAACAAAUAAAGAGCUUUAGCUGGCUAUAGCAGCAUGAAGCUGUGCAGCACUGUG